UGCAGAAAUACAGGGAACCAGUGCUGAUAAUAUCCCGCAGGCGAAUAGGGUACACCUUGCGCCUCAUAGCGCAAUUUUUGUCCGGUGCUAUUUUGUAUCUAAUCUCCGAGGGUGCUGUCAUCCAGGAAGAAUUUGGAUACUAUUUAGUGAGCGUGCUCCGCCUAACGUGAGUUUUUCGACCACGACUUGAAACAAGAACAAAAGCAAUGGGAGCAUUUGGAGUGAUAAUAUGGAUUUUACAUUAUAUGGGACUCUAUAUUCAAUUUAACGCCGCUUACAAACCGACUGUGCGAACCGAGGUGGACAAUCAUAUAUCUGGAAAUGCUCUCUUCACGGAGGUCCCUCAUGACACUACAACGCAUAGCGGUCAGGAUGUGGAGAUGGCCUGUUCAUUCCGGGGGGCGGGGCCCUCCUACUCCCUGGAGAUCCAGUGGUGGUACAUGAAGAACCACAGAGACUGGCCAGAGAAACCCGCCUGGACCUCCAAUCAGGUGGUGCCAAUGGAGGAGAUGUCUAAGGAUGCCACCAAAAUAAGUGUGGUGAAAGUGGCUGGGAGCAACAUCUCCCACAAGCUCCGCCUCUCCAGCGUCAAGCAGUCAGACGAGGGCACAUACGAGUGCCGUGUCAUCGACUUCAGCGGCAGCGUUGCGCAGCACCACCGCGUCCGGGCCUACCUCCAGGUGGAAGCCGAGAGAUGGCUGGGUCACGGGUCAGCAGACACCCAGCCCCAGGAGCCCCGACACAAGGGACAGGGGAGCCAGGUGCACCCCCACCAAACAGAGGACCGGGAACUGAAGAGGCGAUCGGCCGAUGACAGCACCACGGACUGCACUGAGAGCUGUGUGCUCUAGAGUCUGGUUCUGUCUCCAGAUAGGAAUAACAGCAGUGCAUGUUCCCGAUUAUCUUAAGAAGGAUGAUUAUUUUUACACCAGCAGAGGCCUGGACAAAAACUGCUUAAUUUAUGUUAAUUUAUGAAUCGAUUUGUUUGGUUGUUUGUUCAUCUGAGAUUUGUUCAUGUUUGUUUGAAUUCGGGUUGUCACAGACCACCAGAGGGCAUGAUCGUGUUGUCUUGGUUCUUAAAUGUAAUGUUAUUUCUCAUCGACUUUGUUAAAUGCUUUGUCCAUGAUUUCUGACUCUGGAGUUGUGAUGGGUGAAGAUGAGGGUGUCGUUGGGAGGAAAGGAUUCGGGGAAGGCCUGUAUCUCAAUAGUAUGAAGUAUCUUCCUUCCUUUGUCUCCUUUCCUUAAUAAGCACGGAUCUGAAAUGAAUGGAAAGGACAAAGCAAUAUAUACUUUCGGGCUCUUGAGUGGCGCAGCAGUCUAAGGUUAAAAGGUUAAAUAAAUAAAACAAUUAAAAUACUGAACAAAAAUAUAAACGCAACAUGGAACAAUUUCAAAGAUUUUAAUGAGUUACAGUUCAUAGAAGGA